GCGCACUUCGGGCACGCCGAGGCCGGCGUCGUCGGCGUGGCGGAUGGCGUCGGCAGCUACCGCGACCGCGUCGACGCCUCCGCGUUCGCGCGCGGGCUCAUGACCAACGCCUACAUGGAGGUGGUGACUGGCGCGCCCGGCACGCACGUCUGCCCCCGCACGCUGCUGGAGCGGGCGCACCAGGCGACGGCCGCGGCGGGCACGGCCGCGGCGUCCACGGCGGUCAUCGUCUCCCUCGCCGGCAGGACCCUCAAGUGGGCGUACGUCGGCGACAGCGGCUUCGCGGUGUUCCGCGACGGCAGGAUCCUGCGCCGCUCGCGGCCGCAGCAGCACCACUUCAACUGCCCUUACCAGCUCAACUCCAAGCGGGACGGCCUCACGGUCGCCGCCGCCGCGGCGGUCGGCGAGGUCCCCGCGAGGGAAGGCGACAUCGUGGUGGUGGGCACCGACGGGCUGUUCGACAACGUGACCGACGACGAGCUCGAGCGGAUCGUGCGCAUGGGCACGGCGCUCGGGUUCUCGCCCAAGCACUUGGCCGAAGUCGUGGCGGGCUUCGCGUUCGAGGCGGCGGGGUGCACCAACAGGGACACGCCGUUCAGCGUCUUGGGCCGGAGAGAGACAGGGGGGGCUUUUCCCGCCGGCGGCAAGCGGGACGACAUCACUGUUGUUGUCGCAUACAUUGCAUCACACUACAUCUGA